AUGGGUGACUACGGCGAGGAAACUUUCGUCGAACUCAACACUCCUAAUGUGCCAUUUGAGCUCAAAGCUGGUGCGUCCUUGUUUCCCCUCUUGACUGACGGGAUUCUUCUAGAUGACCACCAACGAGCCGUGCCACUGGUCGCCAGCGGGCUUGACCAGACGCGACUUGCCCUGGAACUGCGUUCGGACGUCUCGGCCGUGGACUUGACAGAUUUUUGCACACGUCACGGGGUAACUCUUCUGAGUGUGUUGAACGUUGCCUGGUCCUUGGUGCUCGCUGCAUACGCUGACACCGACGUGGUCAACGUCCUAUGCGUUCGCUACGCGGCCGGCGUACCAUACGUGGGUUUUUCUGAGACCACAAUCGACGGUGAAAGGACAGUACAGCAGACCCUGACAGCGGCCGAGCAGCAAUUGUCAACAAGCGCGGCGGUCCCGUUGGCGACAAGUUUGGCCGACUUGCAGAACGCGACGGCCUUGAACGGCCGUCCAGUCUUUAACAGCAUUGUGCUGUAUUCGGGGAACGAUAACCUAGAGGGGGCAGAGGCCGGUGAUUACAUCGCCCUUCAUGCGAGAGCCACGCUCAAUAGAUUGGAAAUUCACUUACAAGCUCCCACCCACUUGCUCCCUGCGGCGCAUGCCCAGCACUGUGCGGCAACCUUGAGUCAUGUGCUCGGAGAGAUUAUCCAGCACCCCGACCUUCCCAUCGCCAAAAUCAAUCUAUUGAGCCUUGAGGGGCUGCAGCAGAUUUCAUACUGGAAUCGAACGGCCCCUACCGUGGUUUCGCGCUGUCUUCAUCAAGUCGUGGAUGAGACAGCCCUGGCCCAACCUGAUGCUCUGGCCAUCGAUGGAACCGAUGGCCGCAUGACCUACGGCGAGUUGCAAGCGCAAUCAAAUCGGCUGGCGCAGCACUUGGUGCAGCUGGGCGUCGGCCCUGAAGUAGCGGUGCCAUUGUUUUUUGAAAAGUCAAAGUGGGCCAUUGUUACCAUGAUUGCCGUCGUCAAGGCCGGCGGUGUCAUCGUCAACCUAGAUGCCAAACAGCCGCGACCGCGCCUACAAGGACUUCUCGCCCAGUUGCAAACCACAUUGGUGAUAACCUCCGUACAGCAUUCUGGGCUUUGGGCCGAUGAAUUCCACGUGGUGGUAGUCUCCGAAGACUUCCUCAACCAGCUGCCCAUAGUCGCUGGUGCCCCUGUUGCGGCCGUCACGCCGCAUAAUGCCCUCUAUAUCAUCUUCACCUCGGGCAGUACCGGCACGCCUAAAGGCUGUGUAGUUGAGCACGAGUCCUUCCUGACAGCCGCCGCGCAGCAUGUGCAGGCUGCUCAUAUUCUCUCCUCUAGUCGAGUGCUACAAAUGACGCCCUACACCUUCGACGUCAGCAUGCUCGAGAUCUUCACCACACUGACUACGGGCGCGUGUAUUUGCUUCUGCAGCGAAGAAGAGGCAGCCCAUGGAAUCGCCCACAUAAUAAACCACCUUCAGAUCACCUGGACGUUCAUGACGCCCUCACUGGUGCGCUUGGUCGACCCGGCUUCGGUGCCCACCCUGAAAACACUCGCCCUUGGUGGAGAAGGCUUGGGACGCAUUGAUGUGACCACCUGGGCCGACAAGCUACAUUUGGUUAACGGCUACGGGCCCAGUGAAUGCUCCGUCGCGGCGACUAUCAACGAGCCCCUGUCGCUCACGUCGGAUCCAGCUAAUAUCGGCGUCGGAUGCGGAGCCGUAUGCUGGGUGGUUCAUCCUGACGACCAUGACCAACUUGUACCUAUCGGCGCUGUUGGCGAGCUGCUUAUUCAAGGUCCCAUCGUUGCACGGGGCUAUCUCAAUGAGCCCGCGAAGACAGCCGCCGUCUUCCUAGACAAGGUUCCUGCUUUCGCUGAACUCCUGCCUCAGCCGCCACCGGCCCACCGGCUUUACAAGACGGGAGAUCUGGUUCGCCAGAACAGUGACGGCACCCUCAACUUCAUCGGCCGUAAGGAUCGCCAAGUAAAGCUGAACGGACAACGUUUGGAGCUGGGCGAGAUCGAGCAACGGCUCUCCCAGGAUUCCCUGGUGCGACAUGCCCUCAUUGUACUCCCCAAAGAGGGUCCAUGUAAGGGUCGCCUGGUGGCCGUUCUGUCCCUGCAUGCCGUUCCUUACGACGGUCGGUACGAUGCCAUUGUCCAUAGCCUACCUACAGAAGAAUCCAAGCGCGCGCGGGGCUAUUUGCCAGAGAUCACAGCGCAACUGUCCACGCAGCUCCCAGCAUACAUGGUACCCACCUUUUGGGUGGUGCUGGCUGCGCUGCCCUUCACGACCUCGGGUAAAAUCCACGGCGUUGCCAUGACCCAAUGGCUGCGUGAGAUGUCCGAAGAGACCUACCGCGAGAUUGCCGACGUCAGUGACGAUGCGCCCGAGACUGGUCUGUCGACCGAAAUUGAACUGCUGAUGCAGCAGAUUUGGGCCGAAGAAUUGGGCAUUCCUGUCGCAGAGCUAAAGGCCAACCGAUCCUUCAUCGCCCUCGGUGGAGACUCUCUGGCCGCCAUGAUGAUCGUGGCUCGGUGUCGCCAGCAGCAGCUUAUGAUUUCAGUCCCGGAUGUCCUGCGUGCUCCCAAUCUCAUUGACGUGGCCGCACGCACCACUCGGGCAGUUGCAGAUUCAUCUCAAGAUGAAGAAAAGGAGAACGAGAAUAAGGCACCUGCGGGUCUGAUUAGUCGCGACCAGGUGGAGGAUACGUAUCGCUGCUCGCCCAUGCAGGACGGCAUUCUUCUCAGUCAAGUCAAAUUCCCUGGCACGUAUGAGGUCCUUCGGGUGUUGCGAGUGCAGUCCACGCUUGAUGCCGUCACCACCGUUGCCCGUCUGCAAGACGCCUGGCAGGCAGUGGUAAAUCGGCACCAAAUGUUGCGUACGAUCUUCUUUGACGCGGCCGGCCAAUUCCAGCAGAUUGUGUUGAAGCAGGUCCCGGCCUGUGUACAGACUUACGAAUGCUUGGACCUGGCUGACGAGCGCGCUGUUACCCAGUUCCUCCAAAAUCUGCCUCCCCCCACCUACCACACCUCACAGCCCCAGCAUCGAUUGACUAUCUGCCGCGCGGCUGAUGAUAGCAUUUUCAUCAAGGUCGAGAUCAGCCACGCUCUGAUUGAUGGGGGCUCUACGGAGGUCGUCCUCCACGAACUUUCGUUGGCCUUUGAUCACCAGUCCUUCUCGACGCCUCCCGCUCUGUUCAGCGACUAUAUUGAAUUCAUAUCUCGCCCCCAGGCCGCCAAUAUAUCACUGAACUACUGGGCUACGUACCUGGAUGGCGUACAACCCACAAUAGUGCCCAUGUAUCCCACAAAGGGCGGGCAGAAGCAAAUCCGUUCCGUGUCGGUGCCAUUCACGGAUGCAUCUGCAUUGCUCCGAUUCACUGAGGUCCACGGAGUAACCCUUGCGAACGUACUGCAGACGGCAUGGGCUUUGGUACUCCGCGCCUACACUGACACCGACGAUGUUUGCUUUGGUUAUAUCGCCGCAGGCAGGGACGUUCCCAUCGCAGGCAUCGAUCAGGCGGUGGGGGUUUUUAUCAACAUGCUGGUAUGCCGUGUGCGGUUGGAUCAGAAGCCUACUGUUCUCGAGAGCGUUAUGGCAAUGCAGAACGAGUACUUUGAGGCGUUGCCUCAUCAGCAUACGUCCCUGGCCCAGAUCCAGCACCGAAUGGAUAUGUCGGGUAUGUCCCUGUUCAACAGCAUCGUUUCAGUACAAAAAGAUGUGUCAGAUCAGCCGCAUGGCGAGUCGCUCUCCUUCCAGCCUCUGCAGGAAGAUGAUCCCACAGAUUUCGAUCUUGCCGUUGCUAUUCAUGUCGGAAAAAAAAACGUCAAAAUUGAUAUUGGGUACUGGUCAUCGAUGCUAUCAGACGGCGAUGCGGCCAAUCUGGCAAAUACUUUCAAGGGUGCCAUCUCGAGCAUCCUCAUGAACCCGCAGUCGCCUCCCACUACUCUCGACCUGUUUACUGACGAAGAUCGGGCUCAGAUCUUUGAUUGGAACCAGAACGAACCGAUUGCAGCGCCUGGAGUUGUGCACGACCACUUCUACGCCCGGGUACAGCAGCAGCCUGGUGCGCCAGCGGUCUGCGCCUGGGACGGGGAGUAUUCGUACGCCGAGCUGGAUCAGCUGUCAGAGAAGCUGGCGCAUCACCUGGUUCAGCUUGGAGCGGGACCCGAGGUACUAAUUCCCCACUGUUUCCCGAAGUCGAAGCUGGCGACGGUCGCCAUGGUGGCUAUCAUGAAGUCCGGUAGCGCUGGUGUGGGACUGAGCGCGGCCCAUCCUCGGACGCGAGUUCAGGAUAUCGUCAAGAAUUGCGCUGCCAACAUUGCGGUUGUGGCAGCGCAAAAUGUGCUCGUUGUGGAGGGUCUCAUCGAACACAUUGUGGUUAUCGAUGAAGACUUCCUGGCGCACCUGCCGGAUCCACAACCCCACAUGAAACUACCCCAGGCGCAACCCUGCAACCCGGCCUUUGUGUCAUUCACUUCGGGCAGCACUGGUAAGCCCAAGGGCAUCGUACUCGAGCAUGGAUCUUUGAUUACUAGUAUUCUCGCCCACGGAAGUAGCUGGGAUGUUGACCAGUCGGCUCGAGUUCUGCAGUUCUCCGCCUACGCCUUCGAUGCUAAUCGAGUCGAUGAUCUCGUUGGGGCCAUUAAUCGACUGGGUGUCAACUGGGCAUUCCUGACGCCGCGUGUGCUAGGUUUGCUAUCGCCUGAGGCGGUGCCCACCCUCAAAACGGUCAUUCUCGGAGGAGAGGCCAUCUCGCAGGAUGACAUUGCCCGCUGGACAGAGGGCAAUUCGCAUCCGAAUUGUCUACGUCGGUACGCGGCUGUGGGUAACACACCCGAGAAUACCGAAAAACUCAUGCCAAUUGGUUGCACCGGGGAGUUGAUCAUCGAAGGGCCCUUGGUGACAAGGGGAUAUCUCAACGAGCCGGUCAAGACCAAGGCAGCCUACAUAGAAGACCCGGUGUGGCUGCCCAAGCGUGCUAUGGGUGAGCCACGGCGCUUCUAUAAGACUAGCGACCUGGUAAGGUACUAUCCCGACGGGCAGCUGCGCUUCAUCGGCCGGAAAGACACGCAGAUCAAAGUUCGCGGGCAGCGGGUCGAGCUAGGUGAGAUUGAACACGCCAUUCUCACGACCAUGCCCAGUGCGGUGCACAUCACUGUAGACUCGGUCAAGCUGCCAUCUCAGAAACUCGUGGCCUUCCUUUAUCUCAAUACACAGUCUGCGGACAAGGAGCCACUGUUCAUACCCUUGACCCCGGAGAUGACUGAGCAGCUGCGUGCCUUGGAAAAGGACCUGUCUGAGACAUUACCAGGCUAUAUGGUGCCCAGCCUGUUCAUUCCUAUCUCUCACAUCCCCCUGACCAUAUCCAACAAGGUCGACCGUAUUGCCUUGCGGCGUGCUGCGCUAUCUCUUUCCACCGACCAACAGGAAAUGUAUGCGCUAGCGAAGCGUACAAAAGCCGCGCCAGAAGGUCCGCAAGAGGAGCAUCUGCGGGACCUGUGGGCCAUGGUCCUAGGCAAAGAGCCCACCUCCGUGGGACGUCAUGAUAACUUCUUCCGUUUAGGCGGCGACUCUAUUGGCGCCAUGAAGCUGGUGGCGGCCGCACGUCGUUCCGGCUUUGUGCUCAGCGUCGCUGACAUUUUCCGGCAACUUGAAUUGUCGGACAUGGCCAAGUGUCUUCACCUCACUAAUGUUGCGGAGCCAGUCGCUUACACUCCUUUCUCUUUGCUCCCGGCUGAUUCGAUGCAGCGGGAAACCUUGCUGGCCGAGGCGGCUAUGAGUUGCUCGAUUUCAAGCGACGCCAUUCAAGACGCUUAUCCUGCCACGCCCCUUCAGGAAGGUGUCUUUCUCAUGUCAACGACCCACAAGGGUGCAUAUGUUGCCCCGACAGCUUUCCGCCUGCCGGUCGGAUUUGAUGUGUCGUGCUUCCAAGGAGCCUGGCAGGCGCUCGUCAAUGCCCAUCCCAUUCUGCGAACGCGGCUGGUCACCAUCGACGCGACCUCCUACCAAGUGGUUUUGACCCCGGCUGCCUCCUGCAUAGAGUGGGAGAAGGCAACCUCGCUGAGUGAAUAUCUAGCGCGCAUCCAAGCGCUGCCGGUAGUUGCAGGUGCGCCGCUGACUCGAUAUGCCCUAAUUUCGGAAGGGGACUCGAAUGUCUUUGUCUGGACCGCACACCACGCCUCGUUCGAUGGCUGGACCAUUGGACUGCUGCUUGACCAGCUAGCGCAGCUCUACAAGCAUGACAUGCCUCCCAAAAUAGCAGCAUCCUAUGCCGAAUUUGUCCAGUAUAUGCAGAAGGCUGAUAAAGAUGCCUCGAGCAAAUUUUGGGCGUCACUAGUUCCGUCAGAGCCCCCGGCCGUGUUCCCUCGCUUGCCCUCAGCAGUGUACCAACCGACCGCCAAGGAGACCUGCUAUCGCACCAUAUCGAGUCACGUACAGGAAGAGUCUAAUUUCACCUUGGCUGUUCUACUGCGGGCGGCGUGGUCCAUCGUACUCGCGCGCUAUACAGACGCGGAGAAUAUCCUGUAUGGGCUGACCCUGUCCGGUCGAGACGUGCCUGUCCCGGGCAUUGAGCGAGUGAUGGGACCGACGAUCACGACGGUGCCUAUGAAUGUCCAUCUGGAUGGCGAGAUGCUGGUUCAGACUUUCUUGCAGCAACAGCAGGAUCAAAAUGUCGAAAUGAUGAAUCACCAGCACGUGGGACUGCAGGCCAUCCGUUGUAUAAGUCCUGCCGCAGCAGCGGCCACCGAAUUCACCAACCUUUUUGUCGUACAGCCCCAGACAGACGAAGUCGAGGGCCUCAACGAGAUGGCCAAGAUCCCCACCGACAUGACUCGGUUCGAUCCGUAUGCCUUGGUGGUCGAGUGUAAUUUGGCCGACAGUCAGGUGCAUCUGGAAGCCCGCUUCGAUGAUGCUGUCCUGCCCACAGAUCGCAUCCAGCGCCUAUUAGGGCACUUUGAGCAUGUCCUCAGUCAGCUCAUCCGGCUCCACCCCGGCCGCCGGCUGCGAGAAAUUGACGUCUUCAGCACCGAUGAUGAGCGGCAGAUCUGGGAAUGGAAUGCUGCUCCCGCGAAAUCCGAGAACAUGUGUGUGCAUGAGCUGAUUGCCGAGCAGGCCCAGCGUCAUUCAGAUCACAUCGCCAUCGACGCAUGGGACGGAUCACUCACCUAUAACGAGCUUGAAUACUUUUCCUCGCAACUAUCGCACUGGCUUGCGGCGAACCUCGACUUCCGGCCAGAGUCUUUGGUGCCGCUAUGCUUCGAUAAGUCUCGGUGGACCAUCGUUGUCAUGCUAGCUGUUGUCAAAUGCGGCGGAGGUUGUGUGAUGUUGAAUCCAGAUCACCCCAUUUCACGUCUAGAGGGUGUCAUCGCCCACACAGCCUCAUCGGUAGUGCUGGCGUCGCCGGAGCGAAUGGAACUCUUUGCUUCGGGGGCCGCCACCGUGGUCGCCAUCAGUGAAGCGCUCAUUCGUAGCUCGCCCGCACUCACAGAAAAGCCCCAGCCAUUGCCAUUGGUCCAACCGACCAACCCAAUUUUUGUGAUUUUUACCUCCGGUAGUAGCGGGAAGCCCAAGGGCAUCGUGGUGCAACACAACAGUGUCUGUACAGUGGCUAUUCAGCAUGGCGAAGGACUGGGUUUCACGGGCCCCGGCCUGCGCGUGUUGCAAUUCGCGUCGUUUAGUUUCGAUGUCAGCAUGGGAGAGGUCUUCGUAACCCUCAUGAAGGGCGGUACGCUUUGCAUUCCAACGGAGUACGACCGGAUCAAUCACCUGGCGGCUACUAUCAACCGCAUGCAAAUCACAUGGACAUUCAUGGCGCCUACGGUUGCAGCUUUGCUCGAUCCCCGCGACGUGCCCGAGUUGCAGACGCUUGUUCUAGGAGGAGAAGCGGUCUCGCAGAGCUUGGUUGAUCAGUGGGCGAGCCAUGUCAAUCUAGUCGACUCGUAUGGCCCAGCAGAAUGCACAAUCUGGGCUUCGCAUGCCAAUUCCAGCCCAACUGUGUCGCCAGCCAACAUUGGCCGCGGUAUCGGCUGUCGGUUCUGGGUCGUGGAUAUCCAAGACCAUAAUCGACUGGCCCCUAUUGGCUGUGUGGGGGAGUUGCUUAUUGAAGGCCCGAAUGUCUCGCGUGGGUAUCUCAAUGAGCCGGAAAAGACAACGGCCGCGUUCAUUGAGAACCCAAUCUGGCUUCACGGUAAAGAAAUACCGCAAUACAAGUUCUACUGUACCGGCGAUUUGGUGCGAUAUAACGCCGAUGGCUCCCUCAACAUUGCUGGACGCAAAGACAGCCAGGUCAAACACCAUGGUCAGCGCAUUGAACUGGGCGAGAUUGAGUUCCACCUGAGAGCCCACUCUGAGGUUGACGCCGGUAUGGUCAUGCUUCCCAAGGCCGGUCCCUGCCAGAGCAAGUUGGUAGCUGUGGUGGCACUGACUGACUUGCAUCCGGUCGCGGUUGAGGGAGAUCACGUCGCGCUUAUUCACGAAGACCUCAAAACGAAGGCCCAGCCACGGAUUCAGCAGGUGAAGGAGGAGCUCGCUGCGGUGCUACCCCCCUACAUGGUCCCAACAAUCUGGAUUGUGGUGGAUUCCAUUCCAUUGACAGCGUCUCGCAAGAUUAACCGCAUGCCGAUCUCACGCUGGGUCGAUGCCAUGUCCGAAGAAACUUAUCGCGCCGUGGUGGAUAUCGCGGCGGCGAGUGUGCAUCUGCCAGUUACACAGCUGGAGAAGCAAUUGGCGAAUGUUUGGAGCCAUGUUCUUAACUUACCCGUGGAGACCAUCGGCUUGAACCGUUCCUUCCUCAGCCUGGGCGGAGACUCAAUCACCGCAAUGCAGGUCGUCUCGCGUUGCCGCGCGCUGGAGAUUGAGGUGAGCGUACAGGAUAUCCUGCAGUCUAAAUCUCUGGCUGGCGUCGCGGCUCGCGCCCUCGCUGCCAGGCCCCGCGCUGUCCUGCGCGAGGAGCAGUACGGAGUGCCCUUUGAACUGUCCCCCAUACAACAGCUCUACUUCGACGAGGUAGUACGGAGUGAGGCAGCUCAAAAUCAUUAUUACCACCAGAGUGUGUUGCUGCGUGUGACUCGUCCCAUCUCGCUCUCGGAACUCUCCCGAGCCAUCGCGCACAUUGUGACUAACCAUGCGAUGCUGCGGGCCCAAUUCAGCCAGCAGGCUGACGCCCAAUGGACUCAACUUGUGCAGAGUCCAGACCAGGAUACGACACCGGUGGCCUCUCACCAUGUGGCGAACCGCGGGGCUGUAUUCGAGAUUGUCGAGGCGUCACAUCGCCAUAUCGAUAUUGAACAUGGUCCCAUCUUCGUGGUCGACCAUUUCGUGCUCCCUGAUGAGGAGGGACAGCUACUCUCUCUUAUCGCGCACCACCUUGUGGUCGAUGCGGUGUCCUGGCACAUCAUUAUCGGACAAUUGGAGCAAUUACUGCUGUUGCCCGACACCCAGCGCCCAUCCCGGAUGCCCUUCCAGAAUUGGGUUCAGGAACAGCGUCAGUACGCCGAGCAAUUGCCAAUAUCUGUGCUCUCGAAUGCUUUGCCUGCGGCAAACCUGGAGUAUUGGGGCUUGGAGCAGCUACCGACCUGGCAGGAUGGUGAGGAGGUGCAGUUCACGCUCGAUUCGAAGACCACUGCCCUCCUUCUGACUACCGCUAACACGGCGUUACGCACUGAGCCCGUCGACCUGCUUGUUUCUGCACUGCAACAGUCUUUCGCGAAGUCAUUUUCUGACCGUGCAAUGCCUACCAUUUUCACCGAGGGCCACGGGCGAGAACCCUGGGAUGCUUCAAUCGAUCUCUCGGAGACUAUCGGGUGGUUCACUACCUUCUACCCUAUCCAUCGCCGUUUGCGCCAGAAUGAGAGCUUCAAACACACUGUGAAGCGUAUCAAGGAUGCGCGUCGCGCUGUCGCCGACAACGGAUUCGCAUACUUCACCCAGCGCCAUUUCAGCACUGAGGCUCGCAAGGAAUUCGCACACCACAGCCUGAUGGAAAUCUGCUUUAACUACUUGGGCCAGGCGCAGCAUACUGAGCGCGCAGAUGCGCUGUUCCAGGAGGAGCCACUACUAGCAGGCGAGUCCCUCAAAAACAUCGGCGACAAGAUGGGCCGGCUAGCAGUCUUUGAUAUCACGGCCGCUGUCUCCCAGGGGCGUCUGACGGUAUCGUUUUUCUUCAAUCGCGCCAUCGAACAUCAAGAGCGAAUCCGUCAAUGGGUGCAGUGCUGCGAGACAGAGCUUCAUUCUGCCGUAAAUGAGCUCGCAGCCAGCGGUGUGGAGUACACCCUCAGCGACUUCCCGCUUCUACAAAUCGAUUACCAAGACCUAACGACGCUAACCACCGCGACCCUACCUGCCAUUGGUCUCUCACUCACAGCAAUCGAGGAUAUUUAUCCUUGCUCGCCUAUACAAGAGGGUAUUCUCAUCAGCCAGGCUCGACAGCCCGGAACCUACGAGGUACGCCAGCUUUUUAAAAUCGUACCGCGCGUCGAUAUUGGCCCCGUGGAUAUUCCUCGCUUGCUGCAGGCCUGGCAGCGCACUGUAGAUCGCCAUGCUUUGCUUCGUACCAUUUUCAUUGAGUCCGUGACUGGCCCUGGAGUCUACGACCAGCUGGUCCUCCGCACCCACGCACCGGAGGUGCGGCGGCUGUCUACAAAGACACCGAGGAUGAUGAUGUGGCUGCCCCCCGGGGCGAUAUACUGCCAAUUAGAGGUCAGCCAUGCGCUCAUCGAUGGCACUUCCAUGGCGCUUCUGGUCCGCGACCUGGUGUCGGCUUAUGAGAACAACAUGCCUCCUGCUCCGGGGCCGCUCUACAGUGAUUAUAUGGCCUAUAUUGCGUCGAGACCCCAGGGAGACGCCCUAGCGUACUGGACUUCGCGACUGGCUGAAGUGGAGCCCUGCCACUUCCCCGAAUUAAAUUCGAGCAUAUUGACCAAGGCGGCCUUCCAGUCACAGACAAUUAACAUCGACGCAGAUGGCCAGCUACAACGGUUCUGUGAGUCCAAUGAUCUCACUUUGAGCAACCUAUUCCAGGCUGCUUGGGGUCUCGUGUUGCGUGCCUACACAGGCAGGUCGGAUGUCUGCUUCGGAUACAUGGCGUCCGGACGUGACAUUCCAAUGGAUGGCAUAUACGAGGCAAUCGGGCCUUUCAUCAAUCUCCUAGUAUGCCAACUGCAUGUCGGCGAUGCGGUGUCGGUACACGAUUUGCUUCAGGCGGUUCAGUCCGAUUACUUGAACAGUUUGCCACAUCAGCAAACCUCCCUGGCCUCCAUACAACACGCCCUUGGGAAAAAUGAGGUGGCGUUGUUCAACACCAUUUUGUCACUUCAGCGCGAGCCAGCUCAGGGUCCACCUCCACAGGUAGAGUUUGAAAUUGUCGACCAGACCGAUCCAACAGAAUAUGACGUCGAUAUCAACAUAACCACUAGUGAUGAAUUGGGUGUAGAGAUCCACCUGACCUACCGGACGGCCCUUCUUAACGAGGCUCAGGCCGACAGCCUGCUGCAGACCUUCACUCACGUCCUGUUGGCCAUGGCUACUAGGUCGAACCGGCUGGUCUCGAAUUUGGAUGUCUCUUCCCCGGUGCUUGACGCCCCUUCACAGAUAAUCCCCCAACCUGCGCCGGCGGUGGUCGACGCCUCCGUGUCGGAGCUGAUCGCCAAACACGCCGAGCAAAAUCCUAUGUCGAUCGCCGUGCAAUCCGCAGAUGGUCAGGUAACGCUCACCUAUUCUGAUCUCAAUCUCAGGGCAAGCGCCCUGGCCGGUCACCUGCGGAACCUGGCAGUCAAGCCGGGUGACAUAGUGCUUCUCAGCUUCCCCCGUUCACCCUGGGCCAUGCUGGCCAUGCUAGCGGUGCUUCGGACAGGUGCGACCUGGCUCGCUCUGGAUCCUCUGGAAAUUGCUCAUUCUCUGAGGGAGACCUUAUCUGUGGUGCGAUCGAGCGUGGUUCUGUGCGCCGCGGACCACGCCGCCAGGUUUGAUGAGACAGCACUCACUCCAGUUAUCGUCGAUGCGGCAGCGAUAGACCAGGUAGAUGCUGCCUCUGCAGUUUCCCAGCAUUUUAGCUGUGUGUCUCCUACUGCUGCUGCGUUAGCCCUUAAGGACGGUGCCGACUGGGCUCUCCUGGCGCAUCGCACUAUCAGUACAGUUGCUUCGCAGCUCGGGCCCCUGGCUGGACUCGGUCCCGACGCUCGGGUGUUGCAAUUCAACCCUGUAAAUACGCCUUUCUAUCUGGUGGAGACGCUGUAUCCCCUGAUCAACGGUGGUACGGUUGUCACUCCGGCUGAGGGUGCUAGCUUCACCGAGGCUAUGCGCGAUUCUCAAGCCAAUUGGGCCAUGAUUACUCCAACUGUGGCUGCCCUCACCUACCCAGCUCAACUCCCGCACCUGCAAACUUUAGUGGUGGCUGGAGAAGACGUUGCACCAGCUUUGCUCAACAAGUGGCGCGAUAUAAAGCUGAUCCACCCGGGCGGAUCGACACAUUUCCCCGUCUGGCUAUCGCUAUCACAGUCUCCAGCCAACAGCGUUUCUCUGCAACCAUUGUCAGAGCCGCACCUCGCGCGGUUCUGGAUCCGUUCCCCAUUCAGCCACACAGCGCUGGCGUCGACAGACUGCGUAGGAGAGGUGCUGGUAGAUGGACCGAUGGUUCCCCAAAGCUAUCUCCGAAACCCCAAGAACAGAAUCAUGGAGGGAGCCUCGUGGCUGCCUGGCAAGACCUUGUAUUGUACAGGCGAUCUUGGUCGUUGGACAGCCGACCAGCAGCUGUCCGUUGUCCGGUCUUCCCGGUCUAUCCCCGGGCACGCUACAAGUCUUGUUUCGCUGGAGCAUCUAGUACAAGCAGCUCUGCCGGCUACACAGCACUCAGUGCUUUCUAUUAUUCAUUGCGGAUCAUGCGAGCAGGUGGCCUUGUUCCAUGUUGAUUGCAGCCAACAAAUUCAGAUGGCCCCCGCCCUGUUGCCGAUGUCAGACGCACUGCAGCAGCAGUUCCAAGAUUUAAAGGCAUCGCUCCGAGAACAUGUUCCUGAGGCUUUGCUACCCAUAUUUUUCUUCCCUCUCAGCAGCGUCCCUCUGACAGCGGACCACGAUCUCGAUCGCACGGGCCUGAGACCAACUGCUGCCCGUCUCACGGCCAACGAGCAGCUGCUCGCUGACCUAUGGGCGGAAGUCUUGCACCUGCCUGAUCGUGGCACUCUUCGUCCCACUGACAGCUUCUUCCGCUUGGGGGAGGAUUCCAUCGGAGCUAUGCGAAUCAUUUCCCUCGCCCGUAACCAAGGACUGGUGCUGACGAUGAACGGGAUCUUCCAGCGGCCCACGUUGGCUGAUAUGGCUCAGGAGCUACGCUUGCUGGCACCGCACGAGGAUCGGCCACUGGAGCCAUUUUCGCUGCUGCCCACUUCGAUAGAAUCUGAACUACUGGUCACUGAGGCCGCGCAGAAAUGCAAAGUCGAUCCCGCAACCAUUGAAGAUGUAUACCCGUGCACACCGCUCCAGGAGGGUCUCAUGGUCCUUACCAGCCAAGACCCUACUGCUUAUGUGGUCCAGGAGGUUUUCCAUCUGCCGGAAAGCGUCGACAUAGCGCGGUUCCAGGCAGCCUGGGCGGCGGUCAUCGCGCGCAGCACCAUUCUGCGAACCCGCAUCAUUGUCACCGCCGAAGGUACCUUCCAGGUCUUGCUGCAGAAGCCCAUCACCUGGGCUUCCGGGUCUGACCUGCCAACAUAUCUAGGUCGGGACGCAAUUGAGUCCAUGACCUAUGGCCAGCCCCUGGUACGUUUUGCGCUCUUAGAGACUCCGGAGCAGCGAUACUUUGUCUGGACAGCGCAUCACGCCGUUUACGACGGGCUUACCAUGCCAACCUUGGCCAGACAAGUCUCUGCGGAAUAUAACCAAGAAAUUUAUUUGCCUGAAGUGCCCUACAAUCGCUUCAUUAACUACAUACAAGGCAUUAAUCCGGCCGCGGCCACUGAAUUCUGGAUGGCUCAGUGUUCAACUCCCGCGGCAUUCUUCCCCGUCCUCCCGACGCGCUCCUUCCAGGCCUCUCCAGAUCAAAUCCAGAUACACUCUGUCCCAGUGAGCCGCAGCCCGUCUGAUAUCACUCUGUCAACCGUUCUACGGGCGGCCUGGGCCAUUGUUUUGGCGCAUCGAACAGACUCGGAGCAUGUCAGCUUCGGAGUGACACUCUCUGGACGGAACGCCGCGCUGGCCGGCAUCAAUCAGGUGCUGGGUCCAACAAUCGCCACGAUCCCUGUCCAUAUCCAAGUGUGUGAGGGUCAGUCGCCGUUCCAAUUCCUACAGGCUGUCCAUCAGCAGUCUAUCAAGACGAUUCCCUUCGAGCAUACCGGGUUGCAGAACAUUCGACGAAUGGGCGAUCAGGCCCGUGAGGCCGUUGACUUCCAAAAUUUGCUUCUCAUUCAACCUGGCACUACGCCGAUAGAUGAAUCCGACUUCUUGGGCCUGACGCCUAUCGAGCUAGAGAGCCACCAAGCCGACCCAUACCCCCUCACGUUGGAAUGUAAUUUGUUCGAGAACCGCGUGGAGAUCAAGGCUCAAUUCGAUAGCCGUCUCAUUACCGAGAGCGAAAUGAGCACUAUCCUCAAACACUACGCGCGCGCUAUUGAGCGCCUCCAGGCUGUGCAGGACACAACCACGGACGACGCCACAGAAGAUACGUUGGACCCGUUGGGCACCCUCAGCCCCGAAGAUCACCAGCAGAUCUUGACCUGGAACGCCGAUCGCCCUCUUUUCGUCGACUCGUGCGUGCACGAACAGUUUGAGGAAAAGGUGCUCUUACAACCCGAUGCUCCCGCCGUCUCUUCGUUCGAUGUCGAGCUCACUUAUCGCGAACUAAAUGUUCUCGUGGAUAAGCUAGCGACAGAGCUACUUGCACGCGGCGUCAAGCCGGAGAUGAACGUCCCUCUGUGCUUCAGCAAGUGCUCCUGGACUAUAGUCGCCAUGUUCGCCGUCAUGAAGGUCGGGGGAGUGGGUUGCAUGCUCAACCCGGAGCAUCCCAGCAGCCGAAUUCAGUUACUACUCAACGACCUCAAUUCUAAUUUGGUACUGUGCAGCCCAGAGUCUGCGGCAAUGUUAUCAUUGCUGCUGCCACCUGGGGGUGUCCUCCCGGUGGAUGGCACCUACCUACAGACGCUGCCACCGCGUGCGCCUCUGGGACUCCGAGUCCAGCCACAAAACGCGGUCUUUGUGGUGUACACGUCCGGCAGUACUGGCAAGCCAAAGGGCAGCAUCCUUGAGCACCGUUCGCUGGUUACUGGCCUACGGGCCCACUGUACGGCCAUGGGUAUUGGUCCGGGCACACGCACCUUCCAGUUCGCUGCCUACACCUUCGACGUUUGCUUCGAGGAGAUCAUCGGCUCUUUGAUGCUGGGAGCCUGUGUUUGUGUGCCCAGCGAGACAGAGCGCAUGAAUGCUCUGGCUGAUGCGAUGGCCCGAUACCGGGUAACCUGGACGGAACUGACGCCCACUGUCGCCAGCCUGCUGCUACCCAGCAGCAUUCCAACGCUGCAGACGCUGGCACUCAGCGGCGAAUCACUCACUAAAGAGGUCAUUCAGCGCUGGGCCGACGCAGUAAAGAUCAUUAACACGUACGGACCCAGUGAAUGCUGCGUCUCGAGUACCUGUAAUGUCCAUACUGCCACCCUGCGUGAUCCAAGCAACAUCGGUCGCGGCCUGGGCUGCACCACCUGGAUUGUUGAUCCGGAAAAUAUCGACCGUUUGGUGCCUAUUGGUACCGCUGGCGAAUUGCUCAUUGAGGGCCCUAUUGUUGCCCGAGGCUACCUGAACGAGCCCGAAAAAACGGCAGCCGCCUUCAUCACGGCGCCGGCCUGGUGGCCUGAGUCCUACCAGUGUGGUCGCAUCUACCGCACCGGCGACUUGGUAAGAUACAAUGCCGACGGCACAAUCAAGUUCCUGGGCCGCAAAGACACACAGGUCAAACUGCAUGGCCAGCGUAUCGAGCUGGGCGAGAUCGAGCACCGCAUCCGCAGCGCGUUUGCGGAUGCUUCCCACCAGGUGGCAGUAGAAGUUUUGACUCCCACCGCGCGGAAUAAACUCAAGGUCCUAACCGCAUUCAUCUGUGAAAGUGAUGCGGUCUCGGAGGAUGUUGAACAUCUCUUGCUGCCACUUGAGGAUGGACGGCCGCAACGCUUCCUUGCGCUGCAGGCUCGUCUACUUGCGGACCUACCACGCCAUAUGGUGCCGCAAUUAUUCAUUCCCGUCUCCCACAUGCCGCUAUCGCCGGCGCGUAAGCUGGAACGCAAGAGCUUGCGUGCUGUCGGCAACGGGCUUACCCACGAGCAGCUAGCCGCAUAUGCCCUCACGCAGGUGGCGAAGACGGCGCCUACAACAGCAAUGGAGAAGGCGCUUGCCGAUAUUUGGGCUCAAGUCCUAGCCACCAAGGCAGGCUUGCCACUUAGUGUCGCCGACAUCAUGCAAUUCCCGACGCUAGGUGCCAUAGCCGCGGCGAUGGAUCGCGCCUCCAUUGUGUGUGGGCUGGAGGAGACGACACCGGCACCCUUGAGCCUGGUUCCUGCUGGCCGCCUCUCCGAGGUGUUGGCCGAAGCGACGGCGCAAUGCGCAGUGGCGGCCGACGCAAUUGAAGACAUAUACCCAUGCACUCCCUCACAAGAGGCACUAAUGGCGCUAACCGCACGCGACGAAACUGCGUAUGUGUCUCGUGCUGUCUACCGGCUGCCGCUUAAUCUUGAUUUAGACAGAUACCGGCAGGCAUGGGAGGUACUCGCUCGCCGCCAGGCUAUCAUGCGCACGCGAAUAAUUUAUUCAAAUGCCAUGGGCCAGUCAUUCCAGGUCGUAGUGCAUGAAGACCUGGUGUGGCAAUCCGGCGACUCGGUCCCGACAUAUCUCGCCGCCGACAAACUCACACCUAUGCAUAUUGGCCAAGCCCUCAUGCGCUUUGCUAUCCUUGCCGGUACCAUUGAGGAUCCUCGGUCCUCACUUGUAUAUACGGCCCAUCACGCCGUCUACGAUGGUUGGAGUGAAGCCGCCAUGUUUGACGAAGCCGAGGCCAUCUACCGCCAUGGCCUGUCUGCCUUGCCAACAGUCGUGCCAUACAACAAAUUCAUUCAUUAUCUCACCACUAUUGAUGCCGCCGCGAGCGAUCAAUUCUGGCGAACACAGCUCGACGGCGAUUUACCUGCUCCAUUCCCCCCUGCUCCCCCUGCUACGGCGGCCUCAGCCCUGACUUCCCGCCCCAACCGCUCGCAGUCUCACGCAUUUUCCAUUCCUUCAAAGUCCCUCUUCCCCUACACUACUCCCACUAUCCUCAAAGCCGCCUGGGCUCUUCUGCUGGAGCGCUACACCACCUCUCAAGAUGUGAUCUUCGGCCAUGUGCUGUCAGGCCGUACAGUACCACUCCGGGGCGUUGCCGACAUGAUGGGCCCGACCAUAUCCACGGUUCCGGUCCGCGUACGCUUAGCCAAGGAUGAAAGCACAGAUUCCUUCCUGCGUAAAAUGCAUGAGCAGGCCCAGGCCAUGGCGCCCUUCGAACAAAUCGGGCUACAGCACAUCCGCCGGCUGCUUCCCGCCGCGGAGUCAAUCGACGUCGGCCACCUCUUCUUCAUACAACCCCAGCUUGACACGCCAACUGAGGGCCUUGGCCUUGAGCCUUUGAUAGACGAUGACUUCGACUUUGAGACUUACCCAUUGAUUGUGGAAUGCCAGCUAGCCACGGCCAACGGUCUCAAUGUUUUGGUGAAACAUGAUGAUGCCCGCAUCGCCCCAGCCCAGAUGACCUGGCUCUUGCAGCACUUUGAGCAUCUGGUUCAUCAAUUGUGUCAGCAGCCGCGCACUACAGCACUUUCCGAUCUCGCGUUGACAGGGUCUUCUGACUUGGUGCAGCUGCAACAAUGGAUGGGACCCCCCGUGGCGCCGGUGGCCACCACACUACACGAUCAAUUCCAGGCCCUGGCGCGUGCCCAUCCGGAGCGUUGUGCCAUCGACGCUUGGGAUGGCCAGCUCACUUACGGUGAGCUCGACCGUCUCUCAUUGGAAUUUGCGCAAGAACUCAUCGGCCUCGGUUUCGCGCCGGGCCAAACUGUUGGCUUGACGUUCGACAAAUCCCGCUGGGCCAUUGUGGCUCUUCUAGCCGUGCUCCGGGCCGGCGGAGCGUGCGUCCAUCUUGAUCCCCAGCAUCCGCCUGCGAGGCUCCUGGAGAUUGCCACAGAUGUCGGGUUGGCCUUCAUCCUGACCGCGCCGCAGCAUGCCCAUCUGGGAACCAUGCUAGCAGUACGCCACGUGCUCGUCGUGGAUGCCAUCACUGCGUCCAAGGCUUCUAGCACCUCUAACAAAGCCCAGCGGCUGCCUGUUGUCGAUCUCAUGUCGCCGGCCUAUCUGACUUUCACCUCAGGCAGUACAGGCAAGCCCAAGUCAGUGGUGAUUGACCACCGCGCCAUUCAUACAAGCAUUGUUGCAUUUAGCCCGGUACUGCACCUGACACCUGACUCACGGGUGCUGCAAUUCGCCGCGUAUACCUUCGACAUCAGCUACGCCGAGAUCUUCGCGCCGUUGGUUAUUGGUGCGACUGUCUGUGUGCUGUCGGAGCACGAUCGUCUGAACGACUUGGCCGGUGCCAUCAAUCGGCUCGGUGUCAACUGGGCCUGUCUCACGCCUACCGUCGCCAGACUCGUGGAACCUGUGACUGUGGCCUCGCUACAGACGCUCGUUCUCAGUGGUGAGUGUCCCACCGAAGACAAUCUGCGCACCUGGGUCGGCAAGGUUCCCACCCUUAUCAACGCCUAUGGCCCCAGUGAAGCCUCAGUCUGGUGCGCCGUCGGUCCUUUCACGCGAGUUGAUGAUUCCUUUGCCAACAUUGGCCGGCCUGUCGGUUGUCGCCUGUGGAUCGCCGAACCUGACAACCUGAACCGGUUGACGCCACUGGGCUGUGUGGGCGAGCUGCUCGUCGAGGGGCCCAUCCUUUCCAAAGGAUACCUGAAUAACGAGCAGGCCAGCAGCACUGCAUUUUGCCAGGAUCUCGCCUGGAUGCCAGAGAUGCACUUCCGGGCUGAUUGCCCGCUUGUUUAUCGUACCGGCGACCUGGCCCGCUACCUACCCGAUGGUAGAAUUGAAUACCUCGGCCGCAAAGAUACCCAGGUCAAGGUCUACGGCCGUCGCAUUGAACCGAACGAAAUCGAGCAUCAUAUCCGCACGCAUCUGCAUGAUUACUAUGCCAUGGUGGACAGCGUGACCCUCGCCAGCCGCAACGACCAGAAGGUACUAGUGGCGUACGUCUACCAGGAGUCUGGUCGAAUCCCCGACAUGGAUCUCGCGGCAAUCGCCCGGCCCCUGUCGCUGGAACUUCGGCAAACACUCACUCGCAUGCAAACAGCGCUGCGCGCACAGCUGCCAUCCUACAUGCUACCGACCCUCUUCAUCCCCCUGCAGCUCAUGCCCACUAAUGCGGCUGGGAAGAUCGAUCGCAAGCUGCUCUCCCGUGCCGUGAAAACGUUCACGGACGCUCAGCUCGAGGAAUAUUCUCUACUGGUCCGCGCUGCGAAGCGCCCGCUCGAGACCCCGCUGGAGCACCGGCUGGCCGGGCUCUGGGCUGAAGUUCUCGCUGUCGACGCCGCCGCCAUUAGCCCACAUGACACCUUCUUCGGCCUCGGUGGAGAUUCGAUCAUGGCCAUGAAGCUGGCUAGUCUCGCUCGCAGUACUCAGCUCAGUUUGACCGUGGCUGAUAUUUUCAAUCACCCAAUCCUGGCCGACCUGGCAGCCUAUAUAACUACCCAAAUGCCACCCACCCCGGGGGCAGAAACCCCUCCACUGGCGCCCAAGUCGACGACAGCGCCAGCUCCCGUGCUGAACCUCGCGCUGGUCGAGGCGCUAGCACCCCGGGUGGGCGUCGAUCCUAGUGCCAUCGCGGCUAUCGAGCCCACAACUGACUUCCAGGAUCUCGCGCUGGUCGGCCAUCUGAGCAAGUCACGCUGGAUGCUGAACUGGUUCUACUUCGAUGGAACCGGCGCUGCUGAUAUCAAACGCCUCCGCCAGGGCUGUUACUCACUAGUCCAGCACUUCGACAUCCUCCGUACAAUCUUCGCCCACCACGCCGGUCAAUUCUGGCAGGUGGUGCUCCACGAGUUGCAACCCUCCUUCCGCGUCGAAACAACUGCCAAUCCCGUAGACUUUGCUCAAAGCCUGUACAAUAAUGGCAUUUUCAAUGACUUCCAGAUGUCAAAGCCCUUUGUGCAGUUUGUGCUGGCCGUGCAUCCUGACGGGCAGUCUCACCGGCUACUGAUGCGCCUGUCACACGCGCAAUACGACGGAGUGUCCCUGCCGACACUCUGGGAAUCCCUCCAGCGCGCUUGCCAGGGCCAUGCUCUUCCUGCGACACCCUCCUUCGCGCAAUUUCUCCAAGCGACUUCGCCCGCUGACCUCACCGCCGCGCGCUCGUACUGGCGUACGCUCCUAGCUGAUGCGCCGGAGACCCGCUUCGUGGCACACUCCAAGCCGGCCCUACGCGAUGAUUCCCACGAGUGCGUCCUCCAUGUCACUCGAAGCCGCAUUCCUGUCAACUCGCUGUCUCAAUAUGGCAUCACGGCGGCCACGGUCCUGAAAUCCGCUUGGGCGGUGCUGCUGGCACGUCUAGCUGCUUCUUCUGACGUUGUCUUCGGCCACACUGUCGCCAAUCGCUCCGCCGCGACAGUUGACAACAUUGAUACCGUCGUCGGACCGUGUUUAAAUGUGGUUCCGGUGCGCGCACGCCUUCAGCCAGGGCAAACAGUGCUGGAACUUCUGCUCGCACAGCAGCAACAGCAAGUUGCAAACUUGCCACGCGAGUCCCUUGGCUUCCGGCAGAUCAUCCGUGACUGCACGGACUGGCCAUCCUGGACGCACUUCAGCAGCGUGGUGCAGCAUCAAAAUAUUGAACCCGACCGCGCAGUGCUGCCAGGCCAAGACCAAGAGACCCUCUACGAACCUGGCUUUCUGGGGGCUGACCUCGACCUGACAGAUGUUUCGGUUUUGUCGACCCCGGUGGAUGAUGGCUACGUUGACCUGGACCUACUCACUUCAUCAGCGAUCAUGUCGCCAUUCGCAGCGGAGCUGUUAAUCGACCAACUCAGCGGCCUGUUGCGAUCGUGGGCAGUGGCCCCAGUCGAACGUACGCUGGCUUACGAAAAGGAGACGUGCCACGCAUUGCUGCCCCUGCCACAUAAGGAGGUGCUUGCAGUCGACGGUGCAAUGAAGAGCCCUCAGCCGACCUCGGACUCGAACGUCCGAGCAGCGGUGCUGGAGGCGUGGCGCACUGUCCUUCCCAUCGGUCUUCAAACCGAUGAAGGAAAUGUGGACUUCUUCGAGGCGAGCGGAGAUCUGGUGAAUAUGGCUCAGCUUGUAAGCGAGCUGCACGCCCACGGUGUCGGGGCUGGUGUGCGCCUGGAGACGCUUGUACAGCAUUCUUCCCUGGAUGCCAUGGUCCAAGUGCUCCUGUAG